GCUCCUCAGAUUUCGCGAUCCUGCGAACGGGCACGGGGCUCGACUUGGCGCUGGCAGCCAUGGCCAAGAUGGGCGCCGCCUUUGUCUCGGGCGUCACCAUCGGACAGCAGGGCGCGCUCAGCGGCGACGGCGGCCGCGCCCGGGACGGCGCGGGCGCCGCGCUCCGGAGCAGCGGCGCGCCCCAGGCCGAGCCCACCGCGGCCGCGCCGUCGCCGGCGGGCGCACCCUACGGCGGACUGCUGACUGGCGCGGCGGCGGGCGCGGCGAUCGUCGUGGGCACGCGGCGGGGCGCGAAGCUGCGCGGGGGCCAGAAGAAGGCGGUGCGUGCGCCCGGCGUGGCCAGGCUCGUCGCGCCCGCGGCGCCGCCGGCGCAGGACGACGUGCCGGAGAAGCUGGAGGAGUUCGUGCGCAGCCACGGGGGCGAGAAGCCGUUGCGCCGGAUCCUCAUCGCGAACAACGGCAUGGCCGCGACGAAGGCCAUCCUCUCGAUGAAGCAGUGGGCGUACCUGGAGCUGGGGCUGGAGAGGUGCUUCGAGUUCGUGGUGAUGGCGACCCGCGAGGACCUCGACGCCAACGCCGAGUUCAUCCGCCUCGCCGACACGUACGUGGAGGUCCCGGGGGGUAAGAACUCCAACAACUACGCGAACGUCGACCUCAUUUGCAAGCUCGCGAAGGAGCAGGCCGUGGACGCGGUGUGGCCGGGCUGGGGGCACGCCAGCGAGAACCCGAAGCUGCCGAUGCAGCUGAGCGCUCAAGGCGUCACGUUCAUUGGCCCCACGGCACCGGUGAUGUCGGUGCUGGGCGACAAGAUCGCCGCCAACAUCCUGGCGCAGACGGCGGGCGUGCCGUCCAUCCCGUGGAGCGGCGACGGGCUCGAGGCGAACCUGACGGAGGAGGGCACCAUCCCCGAGGAGAUCUUCCGGAAGGGCCUCAUCAACACCCUGGACGAGGCCGUCGAGUGCGCGAACCGCAUCGGCUACCCGAUGAUGCUCAAGGCCAGCGAGGGCGGGGGCGGGAAGGGCAUCCGCAUGUGCGCGAACCAGGCCGAGCUGGAGGCGAACUACCCCCAGGUGCUUGCCGAAGUGCCCGGCUCGCCAGUUUUCGCGAUGCAGCUGUGCCAGGGCGCCCGCCACAUUGAGGUUCAGAUCGUGGGCGACAUGCACGGCAACGCCGUGGCCCUCAACGGGCGCGAUUGCUCGACGCAGCGGCGCUUCCAGAAGAUCUUCGAGGAGGCCCCCCCCGCCAUCGUGCCGAAGGCGACCUUCCGGGAGAUGGAGAAGUCCGCCCAGCGGCUGACGCAGAGCAUCGGCUACAUCGGCGCGGGCACGGUGGAGUUCCUGUACAACGCGGAGACCGACGAUUUCUUCUUCCUGGAGCUGAAUCCGCGCCUCCAGGUGGAGCACCCGUGCACCGAGGAGGUAACGGGCGUCAACUUGCCCGCGACGCAGCUCCAGGUGCUCAUGGGUAUCCCCCUGCACCGCAUCCCGCAGAUCCGCGCCUUCUACGGCAAGUCUGAGGAGGACGCCACGUCUCCGAUCGACUUCAUGGAGGACGACUACGUGUACCCCAAGACGCACGUGAUCGCCGCGCGCAUCACCGCUGAGAACCCAGACGAUGGGUUCAAGCCCACCAGCGGCAGGAUCGAGCGCAUCAAGUUCCAGAGCUCGGUGAACUGCUGGGGCUACUUCAGCGUCGGCUCCAACGGCGCCAUCCACGAGUUUGCCGACUCGCAGUUUGGCCACAUCUUCGCGCGCGGCAAGGACCGCGAGCAGGCCCGCAAGAACCUCACCCUCGCCCUGAAGCAGCUGGAGGUUGUUGGCGAGAUUCGCUUCCCUGGCGAGUAUCUGGUGGAACUGGCCAACACAGAUGCGUUCAAGGAAAACACUAUUACCACGUCGUGGCUAGACGGUCUCAUCAAGCAGAAGAGCGUGAAAAUCAACUACAACAAUCUCGACGUGGUCUUCUACGCGGCCGUGUACCGCGCAAUGAACACACUUAAGGAGAGCGAGAGUGCCCUGCUAGCGGAUCUGCAGAAGAGCCAGCUGGGGCUGCUGCGUCAGGUUGGCAGCAUGAACAGCUUUCCCAUCGAGAUCACUUUUGAAGGGUACAAGUACGAGUUCAACUUCUGCCGCGCCGGCCCAGACCAACUGGUCGCGACGAUCGGCGACACGAAGAUCGCAUGCCGCGUCCGAACGCAGGCGGACGAGUCAAUCUUCGUCACGGUCGGCAACUCGGUGAUGAAGGUGGCCGGCCAGGAGGAGGCUCUCGGCCUGCGCCUGCGGCUGGCGGGCGUCGGCACCAUCAUGAUCCCCACGAUCUACGACCCGUCGGAGAUGCGCUCGGAGUUCAACGGCAAGGUGGUGCGUUAUUUGCAGGCCCCGGGCGCCACCGUGAAGGAGGGGGAGCCCUACGUCGAGCUGGAGGCCAUGAAGAUGAUCAUGCCGAUCAAGGCCGGCGCUACCGGCAAGAUAUCGCAGCUGAAGGGCGCCGGGAGCAUCGUGUCCGCCGGAGAGCUCCUGGCGCAGCUGGAGCUGGACGACCCCUCGGCCGUCCAGAAGAUCGAGCCCUUCGUCGGCGACUUCGGGCUCAACGCGCAGAGCGAGGACGAGGCGAAGGCGCCCUCGAAGGAGGACCCCAUGGAGCAGAUCAAGCUUGCCAUGGCCGGCUACGUGCCCAGCGAGGUCGCCACCAAGAUGGUCCAGGAGGUCUUCAGCGGCCUGGGCUCGGUCGAGGAGCAGGCAGAAGCUGCGAAGUCCAUCUUCGAGUCCUACCUGAAGGUGGAGGAGAGCUUCCUGGACACGUCCUCCACCAAGGAUCAAAUUCAGGCCGCACUGAUUGCAGAGUACAAGGACAACUUGUCUACCGUGGUCGAGCUCUGCAUGAGCCACAGCCAGCUGCCCCUUCGCAACGAGAUCGUGCUCGCGACACUCCGCAGCGUCGAAAACAUCACCAGCAACGAGUCCCUGGCGGCGGUGAUUUCUAAGCUUGCGGAGCUGCCGACGAAGAUCGGCUAUGACGAGGUGGUGCUCGAGGCCGGUCGCAAGUUUUCCGUCAUAAGCGCGAAGCCGUUCAAGGAGCGCGUGGACGAUCUCAGGAAGGCCCUGAAGACCGCCGAGUCCAACGUCCGGCUCCAAAUCAUUAGUGAGCAGAAGGCGCUGCAGGCCGGCGUGGACCUGCUCAGCACCCACUUCAAGGACGAGGACGCCACGGUCCGCAAGAACGCCCUCCAGACCUACAUUAUGCGCAUGUUCCGCGGGUUCCGCGUGGAGAUCGGGGAGCAGCAGGACGAGGGCGCCUCGAAAAUGAGCAUCUCCUACCAGUACCAGUACCCCGGAAGCUCCUCGGCGGGAAGCAAGCGCGGGGGGCACUGCGUGGUGAUCCCCACCGUGGCCGACAUCAAGGCCGCCCUGACGGCCCCCUCGCCCCUGAAGAACACCCGAGGCGAGGGCGCGGACAAGGCGGAGUCGCUGAACAGCCUGCACGUGGUGGUCGCCGAGGGCGUCGGCGGCGGCAGCCAGCCGGGCUUCUUCAGCACCAACCAGGAGGUCGACGAGAUCACCACCAGGGUGGAGGGCUGGAUCCAGGAGGCCAGCAAGGUGCUGGAGGGCGCCGACAUCCGCGAGGUCUGCGUGAUGCUGCCCCAGGACAACCAGUACCCGCGCUACCUGACCUUCCUGCGCUGCGCGGGAUGGAAGGAGGACCCAACCCGCCGGGACAUGCGGCCUACCUUCCCGCACCUGCUCGAGGUGAGCCGCCUCUCCGACUACUACGACCUGGAGCGCAUCGUGCCCACCAUCGGGCGCAACUCGCAGGUGUACCUCGGCACCCAAAAGGGCGACGAGGGCGGACGCUUGGGGAAGCAGUCCACCCUCUUUGUGCGCACAAUCUCGCACUCUACCCUGGAGGUCAAGACCGCUUCCGAGGCCUGGAUGGCAGUGCCCGAGUCCUGCAUCCUACAGGGGGUCGACGAGGUGGAGCGCGCGAGCCUCGGUCAGAAGCCCGGGCAGAUGUCUAACUCCCACGUCUACCUGCACCUGAUGUCCCCGGUGGACAUGCCCGUGCCCCAGCUGGUCAAGCGCUUCGAGCAGUUUAUGAACAAGUUCGUGUCCAGGUACGGUGCCCGCCUCCAGCGGGCGCGGGUGGACGAGAUCGUCGUCAAGGUUGGCGUGGGCAAUGCUUCCGAGGGCCGCAGGGAGACCCUGCGCUUCACGGCCUCAUCCAUGUCCGGCGAGCACCUGAAGACGGUGAGCCUGCUCGAGCAGGCGGACCCGGUCUCGGGCAAGCCCGUGGCCUGGUUCGACGUGGACUCGAACGCGGAGCGGGCCGUCUCCGCCGUGCCGAGCGCCGCGAUGCAGAAGAGGCGCGCCAUGGCUCGCCGCGCCGGCUCGACAUACGCGCCGGAGUUCUUGGGGAUGCUGAAGGUCGGCAUCAUCCAGAAGUGGGACGCGCACACCACCGCGGCGGGGAACGUCCUGGCCCCUGCUGACGUCUUCGAGUCCGUGGAGCUCGUCCUCAGCGAGGCCGGGGAGCUGGAGGAGGUCCGCCGCGAUCCGGGCUCCAACGACAUCGGCAUGAUGGCGUGGCGCUGCACCAUGCAGACUCCCGAGUACCCAGACGGGCGUGACAUCGUGCUGAUCGCCAACGACGUGACUCACCAGGCGGGCUCGUUCGGCGUGAAGGAGGACGUCUUCUUCCAGAAGGCGUCCGCGUACGCCCGGGAGCACGGCAUCCCCCGGAUCUACAUCUCCUGCAACAGCGGCGCACGCGUCGGCCUGGUGGAGGAGCUGAAGCCCCACCUCCAGGUGAAGUGGACCGUGCCCGACGACCCCACUAAGGGGCACGGUGGCGGAUCUGUACCUCUCCGAAGACAGCUACGGCAAGUUCGGUGAGGGCGUAGUCGCGGCCCACAAGGUGGUCGACGGCGAGGAGGUGCACUACGCCAUCGACGCAAUCAUCGGCCAGGGCAUGGCGUCCACUGCCGGCGGCAUCGGCGUCGAGAAUCUGCAGGGGUCCGCCCUGAUCGCCGGCGAGACGUCCAGGGCGUACGACGAGGUCUUCACCCUGUCCUAUAUCACCGGCCGCUCCGUCGGCAUCGGCGCCUACCUGAACAGGCU